UCCAUAUAACAUGUUAAACACUUUUGGUUUGUAGAAGUCACAUUACGGCAAAGUUUCUAAUACAUAAAUGAAUAUGAACGAAAGUAUGAAGUUGUUUGAAGAAAUAGUAGGAAGCAAGUUUCUUAAUUUAUUCGUGGAUUCAUUAGAAGAGUAUUCUGACAUUGACCUUAAGGUUGCCUUGGAAAAAGUCGUAUGUUCCUCUAUGCGAAAUUCUGGAAAUUAUUCAUUAGUGCUUCGGUUACUAAAUGGGAUCUACAAUGAAAAGACGAAUAAAAAAACUUGCCUUUGGACUUCAAUACUUUUAAAGCUAUAUGUGUCAUGCAAAGAGAGUCGGGAUGCCACCCAACUACUUGCAAUUCUUGGCGUACUUGCUAAGUCGGCUUACACUUCAGAGGAAUCUCGCAAAAUUUUUGGUUGCAAUUACGUCAAGAAUAUUCUUGAAAUAAUAAGUCAAAAUUGUUACACUCCUGCAAAUAAUUUGGCGGUUCUUCGUAUUAUGGUUAUUCUGUUACAAUUUUACCCUGAAUAUAGUGUUCAAAGUAGUGGCAUAGUUAAAGAUUUUGUGUCUCAAUUUAUGGAUUCCCCCAAUCAUAAUGUAAUGGAAAGUGCUGCUAAAUGUUAUCAUCAUCUGCUUUCUAUAUCGAAAUAUGGUUCGAAUAGAAUAGCAGUGAAGGAUCUUUGGAAGACGUAUCAAGAAGGACUCUUAGAUAUGUUACAAACGUUGUCGGACUCAUUUUUAGGAGUAUUAAAUUAUCCAGUGAUUGAACCUAUUAAUUGCGAACCUUUGAAUAUUCCCAUGUUGCAACUUUGUGAUGAUCCAAUAAAAAGAAUUUCACAAGUUUUCAUACGCUUUAAAAAUGUGGCGGUAUAUUUUAUUGUGACAUUACGGGAACCAUUUUUAAGUGAAAAACCUGUCAACACAAACAAAAUCUUUGGAAUUAUAAAAGGUGCCUUGAACGUUGUUCAUUUAUUCACAAACAGAAAAAAAACAAUUAUUGGUAUGAUGCGUAAUCUACUCCUACCUGAAUUUUAUUUCAUUCUGUUACAAAUUUUGAAGGCUUUAAUGAUAACAUUGAAAAGCAAUUUAAGGAAGAACUAUAAACAAAUAUGGAUGAUUUUGGGAGAUAUGCUUAAACUUAGUACACAUACAAUCGUAAUUGAACAAAAAAAAACUUAUAUGCGUUUAAAUGGGAAAAUAUACGAUGUCAUUACUUUAUGGUGCAAAAUUGUUAAUCAAGGUAGUCGAAGUGAUUUAUUGAUUAACUUAAUGCUGAAGGAUAUGCAAGAUAUAUCCUCUACUUUAUCGAAGAUAUUAAACAGUAAAAUCUGUUCUUCAGGAACUGAUUUGGAGACCAUUGUUCAAGAACUUAUUUGUUCCAAACAAAAAUGCAUAUUCCAAGUUCUAAAUUCAUCUCCAAAUAAUGUUAAAUAUGAUAUCACCAAGACUAUUGUGGCAAAUGUUUUAACUGCUUUUAGUGGGAUGUAUGAUCUAUCACUGAAUAAAUAUAAUUAUGAAUGUCGGACUGAUUUUGUUUCAACUCUAUUCUCGAUGUUUACAGCAAAUAUUUAUUUAGAUCCAUCAACAGCUGAAAUUUUUGUCAACACAUUACGACAUAUACCUUUAACAGACCAAAGGAUUGAAGAUCAUACUAAAUGUGCUUUAAUGAUGCUACAUUUGGAAAGCUGCAUACACCCUCAAAAGAAUAAUAUAAAAUCUUCGAUUGAGAUUGAUCUAGGAAUUGGUUUUCCAAUGCUAGAAGAUGUCUCAAUAAAAUCGAAUUAUGAAGAUAUUAAUAAGAUGAGUGUAAAAUCUACAAGAGAUAUAACGCAACCAGAAACUCAACGAUCAGAAGCAAUGAAUAAAAUCAGUAAGAAUGAUACACCUUCCACAAGAUGUUUAGCUGAAACUAACUCGGGAGCUGAGAAUAAAAUUCAUUCAGAUCAUAUUUCAGCCGAUGACCAAUUGGUUGCAAACAUUUUUACAACUUUUGUGGAUGAUUUAUAUUAAAUAAAAUCGUUUUAGUAAUAGUGUUUCAGUCGUAUAUUUCAGUAAAAUUUAUUGUAUGUACAAAAAAUAUACCUGUUGUACAAAUAUUACACAAAAGUAAA